UUUAAUUAGUAAGAUGCACCACUGUCUAUCAUAAACAUGUAUUAGUAUUAGUAUUAGUAUUAGUAUUAGUAUUAAUAUUAAUAUUAAUAUUAUAAUCCGCAAUCGCAAUCGCCAUCCUUCCGUCUUCCACCGCCCGCGGCAAAUCCUUCUUCAUUCGUCGCACCACAAACCCUAGACAACUUGCAACCGAUUACACCACCCGCACCCAUCCAUCUCUGCAUCUUUCUUUGAUCUACCAUAGACACGCCCUCCCAACCCUAGGUUUACUACUACUUUGCCCGUCUACAUUAGAAUCCGACGUGAUGGACGAUUCCUGCGCCGUGUGUGCGGACACCUUGGAGUGGGUGGCUUUUGGUGCUUGCGCUCACAAGGACGUUUGUUCCACCUGCGUUGCUCGCCUCCGUUUCAUCUGUAAUGACCAUCGCUGCUGUAUUUGCAAGACAGAUUCUCCUGUUGUUUUUGUCACCAAGGCUUUGGGAGAGUAUACCAAGACGAUCCAGGACUUUUCGAUACUGCCACCUGAUGCCAAGGAGGGAAGAGCGGGGCAAUACUGGUUUCAUGAAGAUACGCGGGCCUUUUUUGAUGACCUCGAUCACUACAAGAUGAUCAAGGCCAUGUGCAAACUUUCUUGCAGCGUAUGUGAUAAAAUGGAAGGACUACCUGAUGAUGCUUACCAGAGAAGGCCAAAAUUUAGGAGCAUUGAGCAGCUAAAGGGUCAUAUAUUCCACAAGCAUAGGCUGUUAAUGUGCAGCUUAUGUUUGGAAGGAAGGAAGGUUUUCAUAUGUGAGCAGAAGUUGUAUACAAGAUCACAGCUGACUCAGCAUAUAGACACAGGUGAUUCAGAGGUGGAUGGAACGGAAAGUGAAAGAGGUGGCUUUAUGGGGCAUCCAAUGUGUGAAUUCUGCCGAACACCAUUUUAUGGGGAUAAUGAGCUCUAUAUGCACAUGUCAACUGAACAUUACACUUGCCACCUUUGUCAAAGGCAACAUCCGGGACAAUAUGAGUAUUACAAGAACUAUGAUGAUUUAGAAAUGCACUUUCGGCGAGAUCAUUUUCUUUGUGAGGACGAGGGCUGCCUUGUCAAAAAGUUCAUUGUUUUCCAAUUUGAAGCUGAAUUGAAGAGGCAUAAUGCAUUGGAGCAUGGAGGGCGUAUGUCACGUUCAAAGCGCAAUGCUGCCCUUCAGAUACCAACUAGUUUUCGCUAUAGACGAAGCAGUGAGCAAGUGAGGAGUCGUGGAAGAGGGCACACGUUUCGUCAGGAUCCUGUAGAUGCUGAGCUUUCCCUGGCCAUUCAGGCAAGCCUUGACAUAGCGGGUGGUCCAAUGUCCAUUUCUCAACCUAGCACUGAUCACAGAGAAGCCACUGAUGUUGAGUCACUUGUUCCAUCCCUUGAAUCUGUAGCUACCAUAGAUUCUGAACCAUCAUCAAGGUACCUGCAAGCAUUGUCCCUUAGUGCUAGAACUGGAACCCUGGGAGAAUCUUCUUUUCCUCCUCUGGCUGCCGCUUCUGGAAGUAAUCAACCAAAUUCUCAAUUUGACGCCUUACCUAAGGAAACUAUGGCUGCUCAUCUUCGCCGUAAGAGCAGCAAAAAGGCACAUCCUUCGAGUUCAGGUCCUGCUUGGUCAGCAGCUAAUCAUAUACCUGCACAUCCAUUGAUUAACCCUCAUUCUUGGCCUUCAGUUAAUGCUUUCUCAGGGUCAACAUCUAGUUCUGGACAGAGCAGGUCAGUUGCAGAUACUGGACCUGCAUCAUCUAGCGACCAAGCUUCUGCUCAGACUCGACCGCCAUUAGUUACUGGCUCAUCAUUUACUGGUUCUUUGAAUUCUUCAAUGGCUUCUGGAAGUGUGAGUCGCAUCAGUCAUUCUUCAUCAGCGCCGAAUCUAUCUAUUCGUGAAUCUCUUGAGUCCUCAAGUGUUGAUUUCCCUCCAGUAUCAGCCGCGCAGGCACGCAAGUCACUACAUGAUGAUUUUCCUCCAGUUUCAGCAGCACAUGCACAAAAGUCACUGAACUCUAAUCCAGUUCCGGGGAAGAUAGAAGAUGUUCAUAUGGCCAAUAAAUCUCUGGUGGAGAAAAUGCAAGCUGCUCUCGGGUUUGAUACAGACAAAUACAAUUCUUUUAAAGAGAUAUCAGGUGAAUACCGCCAAGGUUCAAUGGAUGCUGAGACAUAUCUGGCAUAUGUAGAGCAGUUUGGGUUGUCACAUCUUGUUCCUGAGAUGGCUAGACUCCUGCCUAAUGCUCAGAAGCAGAAAGAGCUAAUUGAAGCCUAUAAUAUUCAUUUGGCACACAUGACAGGAGAGAAUGGUUUAAGCCAGAAAAUAGAACAUGGUAAUGGUUCCAAAAAAGGCAAAGGCAAAGGCAAAGGCAAAGGCAAAGGCAAGUUGGCUGAUGCUGGCAGUGGCACUGUUAAAAGCAACUUAGCUGAUAACAUUAUGAGCACUGUGAAAGAACUACAGUCAGGCCUCAGAUCCUCUGAGGAUGUUGUUGAAGUGUUGUCUAAGGAUGGAUAUCGAGCAGCCACGGGCAAAUCAAAACCUAUGAUUGAUGAUUCCCAGCCAAAAUCGAGUGAGUCUGGUGAAUCUACACAGCUGAAGAGCCGGGCUGAGUCAUCAUCUACCUGGAGAGAAGAUAAGCAAAAUUGCAGUAAUAGUGAUGGGAAAAGCAAACAACGGAAAAAAACCUCAAAGUUUCACAGAGUUCGCCUUGGUGAUGGUUCUGUUGAGGCACUCUUGGAUAUUAAAAAUGCCAACACUGAUCCAGAUGGUGGUCCAGAUGUGAAUGUAACUUCAUCUAAUGGAAGCUUGCCUGCUCGGGGUGUGUGGAGAAAUGGUGGAGGUCAGAAGCUAUUGAUGAUGACUUCAAGAGGUCCUCAAAAAUGAGUGUGUGUGGCAGUGAGUCCACUGGAGGAGAGGGAGGCCCUGAUCAAUUUUUUGGGCUUAGUGCCAUUAGGGGAUAUGCAUUUAUUCCCAAGCCAA